GAGUGCAACGACAUUAUGUUCUUCGAAAGUUCCUUAGAGUCGACGACGACGCCGGGCAACUUCCUGGGCAAUCUGCACGGGUUGCUGCGGCUGUCGAUCGAGUACUGCAAGAUCAAGUACAUCCCGGCGCACGCGUUCGCCAACAUGAAGGUGCUGCGGAGCCUUGCGCUCAGUACGCACAACGUCGACUGGUCGGUGAUGAACCUGGAGCUGCACCCGGACAGCUUUCGGGGGUUGACCGAGCUGCGCGAGAUGCACCUGGCCGACAACAACAUCUGGAGCCUCCCGACGGAGGUGUUCUGUCCGCUGCAGAAGCUACGAGUGCUCAACCUUACCGGCAACCGGUUGAGCGAUCUGACGCAGCUUGUUCUUUCCGACUGGGGCAAAGGCCCUACGGAACCGGGCAAGGCGUGCAAUACCGGUUUGGAGGUGCUCGAUCUGUCCGGCAACGAUCUAACGCUGCUGCCGGACAAUGGGCUGACCGCAAUGCGAUCGCUCAACGCACUCUACCUGCAGAAGAACCUCCUGAAAGAGAUCGCCGACCGGGCGUUCGUGGGGUUGGGGACACUCGAGGUGCUGAAUCUUUCCGACAACAAGCUGACCGCUCUAACGCCGGAACUGUUCGUGUCGUCGCGCAAGAUUCGUCAGGUUCACCUGCAGAACAACUCACUGUCGGUGCUGGCACCGGGUGUGUUCGAGGGACUGGACCGGCUCGAGUCGCUCGACCUGUCCCACAACCAGCUGACGUCGACGUGGAUCAAGCGGGACACGUUCGCGGGACAGGUACGACUGGUGGUGCUCAACCUUGGCCACAACCAGCUUUCCAAGGUGGACCAGCACGUGUUUAAGGGCCUGUACAGCCUGCAGAUUCUAAAUCUCGAGCACAAUGCGAUCGAACUAAUCGCGGACGGGGCAUUCGGGGACCUGAAGAACCUGCACGCCUUGUUCCUGUCGCACAACCGGCUGCGACAGAUCGAACCGUACCACUUCUCCGAGCUGUACGUGCUGAAUCAGCUGAUUCUGGAGUCGAACCAGAUUGCGUACAUCCACGAGCGGGCGUUUGAGAACCUGACACACUUGCAUGACCUCAGCCUGAACGACAACCGGCUGGAGGAGAUCCCGUCCGGCAUGAAGAGCUUGAAGUUUCUGCAGUCGCUCGAUCUCGGCAAGAACCAGAUCGCCGAGAUUAACAACUCGUCGUUCGAGGGGCUCGAGGAGCUGAUGGGACUCCGGUUGGUGGACAACCAGAUUUCGGAGAUCUCCCGGGAUACUUUCUUCGCGCUCUCGACGAUCCACGUGCUAAACCUGGCGUCGAACCGUAUCCGUCACAUCGACCAGUCGGCUUUCAGCUCAAACCCGACGCUGCGUGCCAUCCGGCUGGACAACAACGAGCUGGAGGACGUAUCGGGCGUGUUCACCUCGCUCUCGUCGCUGGUCUACCUGAACAUCUCGGACAACAACAUCGGUUGGUUUGACUACUCGCACUAUCCGCACUCGCUCGAGUGGCUCGACAUCCAUAAGAACAACAUUAGUGAGCUCGGCAAUCGGUACGACGUUGGACCUUGGUUCUUGUUGAAAAUGCUAGAUGUGUCUCACAACCGACUUCGACAGAUCAACGCUAGUUCGUUUCCACGCAACAUCGAGACGAUCCUAUUGAACAAUAAUGCGAUCGAGCUAAUCGCUCCGGAGACGUUCAUCGGCAAAGCGAACAUCGUCAAGGUGGUCCUGUAUGGCAAUCGGUUGCGGCGGGUCGAGAUGGCCGCACUUGCCCUCACUCCAAUGCCGGAUACCCGUGUUCUGCCGGAGUUUUACAUCGGUGACAAUCCGAUCCACUGCGAUUGCACCAUGGAGUGGCUACAGCGGAUCAACGAGUUGACCUACCUGCGUCAGUACCCGCAGGUGAAGGAUCUAGACUCGGUGCAGUGUUCGAUGGAGCACGGCCGGGGUGAACAGCGACGUCCGCUGAUGGCGAUGAAGGCGAGCGAAUUCUUGUGCCCGUACGAGAGCCACUGCUUCGCCACCUGUCAUUGUUGCGACUUUGACGCGUGCGAUUGCAAGAUGGCGUGUCCGGAUCGUUGCAGCUGCUACCACGAUACAGCCUGGGAGUCCAACAUCGUGGACUGUGGAUCGGCCGGGUUGUCGCUCGUACCGUCGAAAAUUCCAAUGGACGCCACCGACAUCUACUUGGACGGGAACAACUUUGGUGCGCUCGGGAGUCACGUGUUCAUCGGGAAGAAGAAGUUGAAGGCACUUUUCCUUAACGGGAGCCACAUCGAGUCGCUUAACAACAAGACAUUCGCUGGUAUUCCCGCACUCGAGGUGCUGCACCUGGAGCGGAACGGAUUGGAGGCUCUUAGUGGGGCCGAAUUCGAGCAGUUGCGUGAACUGCGCGAGCUCUAUCUGCAUCAGAACGAGCUGGCGGAGGUUGGCAAUAAAUCAUUCUACUACCAGAAGUCCCUGGAGGUGCUGACCCUCAGCGAUAAUAAGCUGGUCGAUCUGAAACCCUGGGAGUUCUUACCACUCGCCGAGUCGGAUGGGGAACCGGGUGGUUCCGUACGCCGCACGCUGUCACUUGGUGGGGCGGGAAAUCGGCUCGACUGCACCUGUGAUCUUAUGCCGAAGCUACUCGACUGGCUCGAGCGACAAUUCCCGGGCAAUGGAACUGAUGCGGCCCAGGACCGGCAGUCACUGUUCGGGGAGUUCCAUUGCACCAGCGGGAAGGUGUUGCCGGACGUGAUGAAGGAGUGUGACAGUCAACGGCCGGCCGUGGUACCCGUUGCCACGCCAACCGUCCAGCGUACGAUCAUCGACGAUCAGUUCGUCGACUACCUGCCGCUGUUGAUCGCGGUCGUUGCCGGCAUCCUGCUGACGGUGCUGCUCGUUGCGCUGGUGCUGUUUUUUCGGCAGGACGUCUGCCUUUGGGCGCACGCUCGCUACGGUGUGCGGCUCUGCAAGGACCCGCUGAGUGCGCUCGAGCGCUGUGAGGACAGUGAGAAGGCGUACGACGCGUACUUCGUGUACAGUGCGGCCGAUGCCGACCUGGUGGCUAGUCAGAUUGGCCAGGAGCUCGAGCACCACGGGUACGGGCUGUGCCUGCACUAUCGGGACGUGCACGGCACGGCGAGCUUCCUUGGCGACGCGAUGCAUUCGGCUGCGGAUGCCUCCCGGAAGCUGAUCUUGUUCGUGAGCGUCAAGUUCUUGCAGCUCGAGUGGUCCCAACCGGAGUACCGGGUGGCGCUGCAGGCCGUGCUGGAGUUGAUUCGACCAUCGCGGCGCAAACAGCGGCUCAUUCUUAUCACCUCCGUUCCCGGCGCGAUGCUCACGAUGGACCCGAUCAUGGACAUCCUGGCACGCACCUGCACUGUGAUCGCGUGGGAUGACCGUCGCUUCUGGGACAAGCUACGCUUCGCCAUGCCCGACCUCCAGGGGAAGGAUGGGGCCGGAUCGGGAACUGUAAAUAAAACCCCUCACCGGAAGAACAUCAACAUCCGGUACACGCCCGCUCCGACCAACAAUCUGAUGAUGGGAGGUGCUGCCUCGGCUCCGACGGCUACCUGGCCGAAGCGGCUCAACUCGGAGGUUUCUAUUCAACAACAACAGCAGCAGCAGCAGCUUCAGUCUCAUCUCCACCACCACCCGCACCAUCAUCAGCAACCCUACCCCGUUCCACACCCCCGUUCGAGCGGUGGAACUACGCAGCAAGGAAGUACUUACACCGUAGACGACGAGGACCACUCGACGACGGCCGGCUCAUCCCCCCAGUACGAAGCACCAUCGUUCCCGGGAGGAGGUCACCAUCCACAUUCACACCACACGCAUCCACACCAUCACAAUCAUCUGCCUUCGAACGUUGUUCAGUAUCAGCAACAGCAGCAACAGCAGCAGCAUUCCGGCAGCUCUCAGCACAUUCCGUCGCAGCACUCGCCGCACCCGCAAACGAUGCCCCAUCCGCAUCACCACCAUCACCAUCAUCACCAUCAUCCGGGGACGUCCAGUGCGUCCCCCUCGGGACACCAUCCAUCGGCGGUCGGUGCAGCCAACUUCUCCAGCACCAACACGCUCGGCCAUGUGUACUCCACCAUCCCGGAGCAACCGCAGUUCCAUCAUCAGCAGCAACAGCAGCAGCUCCAUAACCAGAAUGUGAUGGGUUCGCAGCUAUCGCCACCGGUCGGGCCGAGCCCGGGCAACCUCCAGCAUCACCAGGCGGGCUCUCGUGCUUCAACCGGAGACGGCAGUCGUCCCUACUUUGUGUAAUAUUCCCCGCGUUCCCGUCGCUUUCCCGUCGCUUCCUUUGCGCCGAUUUCUAAUAGGCAGCUUACACAGCCGUGCGCAGCUAUGUUUUGUACAAAAACCCAACCCCCACCCCCCUAUUUCCAUGUUUCGUCCCUUUCCGUCCCUUACUUUCUAAUGUCGUUAUUGGACCCGGGGAUCCCCGACUCCGUGAUAGUUUGAAAGGCACCUCGGUCCCACACUAUCGCAAC